AUGGUGGAUGAGAAGAAGCCCCUAUUAGACGCCUCUGGCAGGGAAGUCGUUCCAGAAGACUCGACUGCUACCGCCAUUUUGAGAAGAAAAAAGAAGGAUAAUGCCUUGGUUGUCGACGAUGCCACCAAUGAUGACAACUCCAUCAUUUCUAUGUCGUCCAACACGAUGGAGCUUUUGCAAUUGUUCCGUGGCGAUGCUGCCCUGAUCAAAGGAAAGAAGAGGAAGGACACCGUCUUGAUCGUGUUGGCCGACGAUGAUAUCGAGGAUGGUGUUUGUAGAAUCAACAGAGUGGCAAGAAACAAUUUGAGAGUUCGUCUUGGAGACAUCGUGACAAUCCACCCAUGUCCCGAAAUCAAGUUCGCCACCAGAAUCUCCGUCUUGCCGAUCGCAGACACCAUUGAAGGUAUCACCGGAUCCCUGUUCGAUGUCUUCCUGAAGCCAUACUUUGUUGACGCCUACAGACCAGUCCGCAAGGGCGAUCAUUUUGUUGUCAGAGGAGGUAUGAGACAAGUCGAGUUCAAGGUUGUGGAAGUUGAGCCGGAAGAACACGCCAUUGUGUCUCAGGACACCAUAAUACACUCCGAGGGCGAACCUAUCAAUAGAGAGGACGAAGAAAAUAACCUCAAUGAAGUCGGUUACGAUGACAUUGGAGGAUGCAGAAAACAGAUGGCCCAGAUUAGAGAGCUCGUUGAGUUGCCGCUCAGACACCCACAGUUGUUUAAGGCAAUCGGUAUCAAGCCUCCUAAAGGAAUCUUAAUGUACGGCCCUCCUGGUACCGGUAAGACCUUGAUGGCCAGAGCCGUUGCCAAUGAGACUGGUGCAUUCUUCUUUUUAAUCAAUGGUCCGGAAAUCAUGUCGAAAAUGGCCGGUGAGUCCGAAAGCAACCUUAGGAAAGCUUUUGAAGAGGCCGAGAAAAACUCUCCUUCUAUCAUAUUCAUCGAUGAAAUCGACUCUAUUGCUCCAAAGAGAGACAAGACUAAUGGUGAGGUCGAGAGAAGAGUUGUUUCCCAGCUUUUGACCUUGAUGGAUGGUAUGAAGGCUAGAUCCAACGUUGUUGUCAUUGCUGCUACCAAUAGGCCUAAUUCCAUCGAUCCCGCUUUGAGAAGAUUCGGCAGAUUUGAUAGAGAGGUCGACAUCGGUAUUCCUGAUGCCGCUGGAAGACUUGAGGUUCUGAGAAUCCACACCAAAAACAUGAAGUUGGCCGAUGAUGUUGACCUCGAGGCCUUGGCUGCUGAGACUCACGGUUACGUUGGUGCUGAUAUCGCAUCCCUCUGUUCCGAGGCUGCUAUGCAACAAAUAAGAGAAAAGAUGGACUUGAUCGAUCUGGAAGAAGAGAACAUUGAUGCAGAAGUUCUCGACUCUCUGGGAGUCACUAUGGACAACUUCAGAUUCGCUCUUGGUAACUCCAACCCAUCAGCAUUGCGUGAGACUGUCGUUGAAAGUGUCAACGUCACUUGGGAUGACAUUGGAGGUUUGGAUGGUAUCAAGCAGGAGCUGAAGGAGACUGUGGAAUACCCGGUUUUGCACCCAGACCAAUACACCAAAUUUGGCCUUUCGCCUUCGAAGGGUGUCUUAUUCUUUGGUCCUCCAGGUACUGGUAAGACCCUUUUGGCCAAGGCCGUUGCCACUGAGGUGUCUGCCAACUUCAUCUCCGUUAAAGGUCCUGAAUUGUUGAGUAUGUGGUAUGGUGAGUCCGAGUCCAACAUUAGAGACAUUUUCGACAAGGCUAGAGCUGCAGCUCCUACGGUUGUUUUCUUGGAUGAGCUGGAUUCUAUUGCCAAGGCCAGAGGAGGCAGCAUGGGAGAUGCAGGUGGAGCAUCCGAUAGAGUUGUUAACCAACUGCUCACUGAAAUGGAUGGUAUGAACGCCAAGAAGAACGUUUUCAUCAUUGGUGCUACGAACAGACCAGAUCAAAUUGACCCUGCUAUUUUGAGACCAGGUAGAUUGGACCAAUUGAUCUAUGUCCCAUUGCCAGACGAAGCCGGAAGACUGUCGAUUUUGAAGGCUCAACUGAGGAACACCCCAUUGGAGCCAGACCUGGACCUGACUGCGAUUGCUAAAACUACGCACGGCUUUACUGGUGCUGACUUGCAGUACAUUGUCCAAAGAGCUGCCAAAUUUGCUAUCAAAGACUCCAUUGAAGCUCAAAAGAGAUACGAGCAAGAGAAGGCAGAAAGAAAGGCUGCUGAAGGCUCCGAUGAUGUUGAGAUGAAGGUUGAAGAUGGUGAGGAGGAAAGUGUGCCAGAUGCUGUUCCAUAUAUCACAAAGGCUCACUUCGAAGAAGCUAUGAAGACUGCUAAGCGCUCUGUUUCCCCAACUGAGCUGAGACGUUACGAGGCUUACGCGCAGCAACUUCAGUCCUCCAGAGGUCAGUUCUCGAACUUCUCCUUCGGCCAAGGAGGAGACGGAGCUGGAUCGACCGACAGAGGCAUUGGAGGAGAUGGUGCAGGGGCUGCGUUUGGAUCUGUUGAAGAAGAAGAAGACGAUUUAUACAGUUAG